UGUUUCCUUGCAUAAAACAUUUCUUAUACAUGUCCCAGCAGCACAUGAAAAUCUCACCUGCUAUAGCCUAUAAGACCACAGACUCAUUUCAUGACAUUUUGCAUUUUGUCCCGAACUUCACGUUUCGCGUGGCUCUCACUGCUCUUCUCACCAGUGAUCAAAGAUAGUGUGGGCACACAAAAAUGAGUUACAGAAGAAGUGGGAGGCCCUUUACUGUGGUCCACAAUAAUGAUUUUCGGGGAAAAUGUGUAUCUCAAUUUUACCCCAAUAAUGAGCAGCUGAUUCAAGGUAUUGCUGAUGUUAACCUAGGCUCAGGACAGGAUGAUGGCCUAUGGGAGACUUAUUCAAAGAAAUCGAAGAAUCGAGGUGGAAGCAUUGCUGCCAAACAGUUGGGUUGUUCAGCCCGAAGUUCUAAUCCUAGAGCAUGUGGGGGGGAUACAGAUAUGGCUCCAAUGCCAGGCAUGCGCGAUUACAGUGGAGCUGGAAGAGCUGCUGGAAACCUUCGACGGACACCAAAUACUGGUUAUAUGAGACCUGCUGGUAGAGGCUAUGGAAGGCCCCAUCCAGGUACAGGUGGAUAUGGAUACAAUGGGACUUCUAAUCCUAUCAUUCGUCCUCCUCCGGAGGGUGUCUGCAACCGGAAAUCAAUGCAUGUAAGGGAUGAAAUUGUACCAGAGGAGUUUGAAUUUGAACAGAAGAAUGAUGAUGAAGAUGAUGAUGAUGAGGGGGAUGACGACUGCGAUGAUCUGGAAGACACUGAUUAUGAUCUAAUGAGUGAUGAAUAUGAUUCGGAUGCGAGUCAAAAGAGCCAUGAGACACGAAAGAAGAGCAAAUGGUUCAGAAAAUUCUUUGAGUAUUUGGAUAAAAUGACUAUUGAACAGAUAAAUGAACCGGAAAGAGAGUGGCAUUGUCCAGCUUGUCAAAGUGGUCCUGGUUCUAUUGAUUGGUACAGUGGCCUGCUGCCCCUGAUGAAUCAUGCUAAGACAAAGGGUUCAAAGAGGGUGAAGGUUCACAGGGAGCUUGCUGUACUUCUUGAUGAGGAAUUGCGUAGAAGGGGUGGUACCGUAGUUCCAGCUGGGGAAUCAUUUGGUAAAUGGAAAGGUUUAAAAGAAGAAGAGAAAGAUCAUGAAAUAGUUUGGCCUCCAAUGGUUAUCAUUCAGAAUACAAAGCUUGAAGAAGAUGAAAAUAAUAAGUGGACAGGUAUGGGUAAUCAAGAGCUUCUUGAUUAUUUUAGCUCUUAUGCCGCUGUGAGAGCGCGACACUCAUAUGGCCCUAAUGGUCAUCGAGGGAUGAGUGUUUUGAUGUUUGAAGCCUCAGCUAGUGGUUAUCUGGAGGCAGAACGUCUGCACAAACAUUUUACUGAUCAAGGAACUAAUAGAGAAACUUGGUUUAGCAAUCACCGAAGUUCCAAUUUGUUUCUCCCUGGUGGCAAUCGACAGCUCUUCGGAUACAUGGCAGCUAAAGAUGACUUGGAGUUUUUCAACAGGCAUUGCCAAGGUAAACCAAGACUCAAGUAUGAAAUGAAAUCAUAUCAGGAGAUGGUUGUACACCAAAUCCGUCAAAUGAGCGAGGACAACCAGCAACUUCUCUAUUUGAAGAACAAGAUGGUCAAAGAGAUGCAACAUUCAAAAGCUCUCGAGGAAUCCUUUGGUAUAGUGACUGAGAAGCUGCGAAAGACAAUGGAGGAGAAUCGCAUUGUGAGGCGGAGAACAAAAAUGCAGCAUGAAGAAAUAAAAGAAGAGAUGUAUGAACAAGAACAAUUCUUCAAGGAACGGAUCAGUAGCAUCCGCAAUAAAAGGAAUGCAAAGGAAGAAAAUUUUGAGAGGAUGCAGCAGGAAGAGCGUGAGAAGGUUAAGAAGUCAAGUAUUGGUCCUCCUUCAAAUGCCGAGGAACGGCGACUCAAGGUGGAGGGAUACCUUAAAUUUGUUGAACUUCAAGACAAAGAAAUGGAGAACUUUGUUGAAGAAAAGGAGAAACUAAGCCAAGCCCACGAAGAGAGUAUUGCUGCUAUGAGGAAGAGGCACUGGGAGGAAGAGGAAGAGAUGGAGAAGAAGUUUGAUGAGGACUUGGCUAAACUCAUGGAAAAGUACUCCCCAUCUCACCGGUAGAAAAAAAUCCAAUGGUCUCUUUCAGUGUGGGGUAGCACAGGUGCAUGCAACUAUAAACAUGGGAAGAAAAUAGAAAGACAAAAUGAAUAGUGCUGAAAUAAUAACUUAUUAAAAUUUAAAAAUUUGGAACUCAGAAUGUUGUUUGUAACUUUGAAGUAUUGGUCCUUGACACUCAAUUACGUUAUUGUAACAUUUUAAUUUGAUUGACCUAUUUUUACAAA